AGGGGCGCUGCCCCCCGCAGGAGGCGGCGCUCGGCCGCUUCUCAUUCAUUGUCUUGACAAGAGCAUCCUUAGCGGGCGCGUCUCGGCUCCUCCGCUCCUUCCUCCUCCGCCUCCGCCUCCGCCUCCGCCUCCAUUUGGGGGGUCACUCUCCACUCUCAGCUCGGCAGCAGGAUGAGCCGGCAGGUGGUCCGCUCUAGCAAGUUUCGCCACGUGUUUGGACAGCCGGCCAAGGCCGACCAGUGCUAUGAGGACGUGCGUGUCUCACAGACCACCUGGGACAGUGGCUUCUGUGCCGUCAACCCCAAGUUCGUGGCCCUGAUCUGUGAGGCCAGCGGGGGAGGAGCCUUCCUGGUGCUGCCCCUCGGCAAGACUGGACGUGUGGACAAGAACGCACCCACAGUCUGUGGCCACACAGCCCCUGUGCUGGACAUUGCCUGGUGCCCACACAAUGACAAUGUCAUUGCCAGUGGCUCUGAGGACUGCACAGUCAUGGUGUGGGAGAUCCCUGAUGGGGGCCUGACACUGCCCCUACGGGAGCCCGUUAUCACCCUGGAGGGCCACACCAAGCGCGUGGGCAUCGUGACCUGGCACCCCACAGCCCAGAACGUGCUGCUAAGUGCAGGUUGUGACAAUGUGAUCCUGGUGUGGGACGUGGGCACUGGGGUGGCCGUGCUGACGCUGGGCCCAGACGUGCACCCAGACACGAUCUACAGCGUGGACUGGAGCCGAGACGGAGCCCUCAUCUGCACCUCCUGCCGCGACAAGCGCGUGCGCAUAAUUGAGCCCCGAAAAGGCACUAUUGUAGCUGAGAAGGACCGUCUGCACGAGGGGACCCGGCCUGUGCGUGCUGUGUUCGUGUCAGAUGGAAAGAUCCUGACCACGGGCUUCAGCCGCAUGAGCGAGCGGCAGGUGGCGCUGUGGGACACAAAGCACCUGGAGGAGCCACUGUCCCUGCAGGAGCUGGACACAAGCAGCGGUGUCCUGCUGCCCUUCUUUGAUCCCGACACCAACAUUGUCUACCUCUGUGGCAAGGGUGACAGCUCUAUCCGGUACUUUGAGAUCACUUCUGAGGCCCCGUUCCUGCACUAUCUCUCUAUGUUCAGUUCCAAGGAGUCCCAGCGUGGCAUGGGCUACAUGCCCAAACGUGGCCUGGAGGUGAACAAGUGUGAGAUUGCCAGAUUCUACAAGCUGCAUGAGCGGAGGUGUGAGCCCAUUGCCAUGACAGUGCCUAGAAAGUCGGACCUGUUCCAGGAGGACCUGUAUCCCCCCACUGCAGGGCCUGACCCUGCCAUGACAGCUGAGGAGUGGCUGGGGGGUCGGGAUGCCGGGCCCCUCCUCAUUUCCCUCAAGGAUGGCUACGUACCCCCGAAGAGCCGGGAGCUGAGGGUCAACCGGGGCCUGGACACUGGGCGUAGGAGGGCAGCACCAGAGGCCAGUGGCACUCCCAGCUCGGAUGUCGUAUCCCGGCUGGAGGAAGAGAUGAGGAAGCUCCAGGCCACGGUGCAGGAGCUACAGAAGCGCCUGGAUAGGCUGGAGGAGACCAUUCAGGCCAAGUAGAGGCCCCAGCACCUUCAGUGGGUCCAGCCAUUCACAACCUUCCAUUCAGUCCCCACUCCUCGGGCCACAUGGCAGAUAAGAAAAAAAUAAUAAAAUGGCUUUAUUUUCUGGUA